AUGAAGUUCAACAUCGAUGAUCUGCCGGUGCUGUUUCCGUACCCGCGCAUCUACCCAGAGCAGUACAAGUACAUGUGCGACCUGAAACGCACGCUCGAUGCCGGUGGAAACUGCAUCCUGGAGAUGCCUUCGGGCACUGGCAAGACCGUCUCCCUCCUCUCCCUGAUUAUUGCCUACCAGCAACACCAGCCCGAGAAGCGCAAGCUGAUCUAUUGCUCGCGCACCAUGUCUGAGAUCGAGAAGGCCUUGUACGAGCUCAAGGCGCUGAUGAAGUAUCGCACCGAGCAGCUUGGCUAUGAAGAAGAUUUCCGCGGCCUGGGCCUCACCAGCCGCAAGAACCUGUGCUUGCACCCCUCGGUAAAGCGUGAGAAGAACAGCGCUGUAGUUGAUGCUAGGUGCCGCAGCCUGACGGCCGGCUUCGUCAAGGAAAAGAAGGAGCGUGGCGAGGACGUCGAGCUUUGCGUCUACCACGACAACCUGGACUUAUUAGAACCUCACAAUCUGAUCCCCCCGGGCGUCUUCACCUUCGAGGACAUCCUGAGAUACGGAGAAGAGCACAAGCAAUGCCCAUAUUUUACGGCCAGGCGAAUGAUGCCUUUUUGCAACGUCAUCAUCUACUCCUACCAUUACUUGCUCGACCCCAAGAUCGCCGAUCGAGUAUCCAAAGAGCUGUCCAAGGACUGCAUCGUCGUCUUCGACGAAGCCCACAACAUCGACAAUGUCUGCAUUGAAUCAUUAAGUAUCGAUCUGACCGAGGACUCUCUGCGCAAGGCCACACGUGGCGCGAACAACUUGGAACGCAAGAUUUCCGAGAUGAAGGCGACCGACGCCGAGAAGCUAAGCAACGAAUAUGCAAAACUCGUCGAAGGCCUCCGCGCAGCCGACGAGGCGCGGGAAGAAGACGCCUUCAUGUCGAAUCCCGCCUUGCCAGACGACCUGCUGAAAGAAGCCGUGCCUGGCAACAUUCGACGAGCAGAGCACUUUGUAUCCUUCCUAAGACGAUUCAUCGAGUACCUCAAAACUCGUAUGAAAGUGUUGCAUGUGGUUUCGGAAUCGCCGCCAUCGUUCUUGGUCCAUCUCAAGGAGCUCACUUUCAUCGAGCGAAAGCCUCUGCGGUUUUGUGCCGAGCGCUUGACUUCUCUUGUACGGACGCUGGAGCUGACCAAUAUCGAAGACUAUCAGCCAUUGCAAGAGGUUGCCACGUUCGCAACACUGGUGGCCACCUACGAUACCGGUUUCUCCCUCAUCCUCGAGCCUUACGAGGCUGAAGGUGCCACCGUACCCAACCCGAUCUUCCACUUCACGUGCCUGGACGCCUCGAUCGCCAUGAAGCCAGUGUUCGAACGCUUCAGCUCCGUCAUCAUCACCUCCGGAACAAUCUCGCCGCUGGAUAUGUAUCCCAAGAUGCUCAACUUCUCAACAGUAGUGCAAGAAUCCUACACCAUGACUCUAGCUCGAAAGUCAUUCCUGCCCAUGGUCGUCACUCGAGGAAGCGACCAAGCAGCCAUCAGCUCAAGCUUCGGUGUUCGCAACGACCCCAAUGUUGUUAAAAACUACGGAGUUCUUCUCAGAGAGUUCUGCAAGCUUACUCCUGACGGCAUAGUCGUCUUCUUCCCCAGCUACCUCUACAUGGAAUCCGUCAUCAGCCAAUGGCAGGGCAUGGGCAUCCUCGACGACAUUUGGCGCUACAAGCUGAUCCUCGUCGAGACGCCCGAUGCCCAGGAGACUUCGCUCGCCCUCGAGACGUUCCGCACGGCCUGCAACAACGGCCGCGGCUCCGUCCUCCUCUGCGUCGCGCGUGGAAAGGUCAGCGAAGGCAUCGAUUUCGACCACCACUUCGGCCGCACCGUGCUGUGCAUCGGCGUCCCCUUCCAGUACACCGAGUCGCGCAUUCUCAAGGCACGCCUCGAGUUCCUCCGUGAGACGUACCACAUCCGCGAAAACGACUUCCUCUCCUUCGACGCCAUGCGCCACGCCGCGCAAUGCCUGGGACGCGUCUUGCGCGGCAAAGACGACUACGGAAUCAUGGUGCUGGCGGACAAGCGCUUCAGGAACAAGCGCACCCAGUUGCCCAAGUGGAUCGCUCAGCACCUCUCUGACGCCGACUCGAACAUGAGUAUCGAUCAAGCGGCCGCCAUGGCCAAGAAGUUCUUGCGCGACAUGAGCAAGAACUUUCACAAACCGUUGGCCGAGGGAGUCAGCGUGUGGGGCAUGGAGGACCUAAGGAAAUACCAGAAGCAGAGGCAGGAAGAAGAGAUUCAGAUGCUGAUGGAUGCGCCGGAUAAGGAGGUGCGGAUGCGGGAUGGCUUGGAUGAGUUCGACGCAGCCGGGGAUAUGGAUGAGGUCAUGGCCGGGAUCGAGGCUUGA